GAAACAUCGGCGAAGCAGAUCUGAAUCCUUACUUCAAUCUUUCACCUUCCCGGCGAAGUAACCAAAACUCCGUGAUGGCGUCAAGGAGAAAUGUACGGUAUGCUCAGCUUCCAGGAGAUGAAGAUGAUGAAGAUUAUGGAAAUGGUGUUGGUAGAAGGAGAGAUUUCGAUCCUCGUUUCGAUUAUACGCCGAAAGCGUUUGAUAGAGUGCCGUGGAAAUCUAUAGCGUUAGCUGUGUUUCUUCUGUUGCUUGGUUGUUUGCUUCUUCUUUUGUCGUUUUUUAUCUUCAUUGGUCAUAUGGAAGGAGAUAGUUCUCAAGGUUAUGCUCUUCUUGUACUUGGGAUCCUUACUUUUCUCCCUGGUUUCUAUGAGACCCGUAUUGCUUACUAUUCAUGGAGAGGAGCUGAAGGGUAUCGUUUCGCAGCCAUUCCCUCUUACUGAACUCGAGUAAUACGAAAGGUAGCCAUCGACCAUCGUACUUGCCUUGGUCAUCGUGGGAAAAGGGCCGUUUCAUACUCGUACAACUUCAAAAGUGUCGAUUUCUACCAUGUACAAAGACGCAGUGCGAAUUUCUACUCAAACAAAAAUUCAAAUUUGAUAUCUAAUUAGUACAAAUAGUACCAAUUUCAGACUCUGUAUUGAAAGUAGAAUUCGAAGAGAUUUGUGUAGAA